AGUAUGGUCUAAUGUUUGGAUGAGAAUUCUCAUGCAGAUUUUACCAGGCUGUCGAAUAAAUAAAGUGGGUUAAAACUGAAGGAGGUGCACAUCGUCAAAGGGGAGGGUAAAUCGAGUUGCGGUGCCUCCACAGCGAGAGAGCGAGCGUGAAGCAAAUUCUCACGGAAGAGUUUCCCAAACUUCUUUCAGUCUCCGGCAAUAAUAUGGACAGACUUGAAUGGAAACAUGCAUAUCCGGCUCCACUUCAUUUAUGGCACAGAAGAUGACACAGUUGUUUCUGAAAUGACAGCUCGUUAGUUCUUUCCAUAAGUGAAAUAAAUCAACAUGGGAAAACUGCAAUCGAAACCUGCCUGUAAACGGAGAGAGAAUCCAGAGGGAGAUGUUUUCAAGGAGGCUGACUGUACUGGUGAAGUGGACAGAAACAAGCAGGAUCUUAGUGGUAGAGAUCCAAAAGAAGAUCAGUUGUCAGAUCAGUACUGUUCGCUGCCGGUAACACUGCCACCAGAGAGAGUAAUGGAGACUCCCAAAUCUUCGCUUUCUUCUUCUGAAAAUGACAGACGGCAUCCACUCAAAGAUCCACUCAGGAGAAAUGGGAAGAAUGAUAAAUUUUGA